GCGGGCUUCUCCAGGAUGCACUUCCAGUAGGUAAUUGCAGGACACCGCUAUGUCAUCGCGACCGGCAUGCUUCAUUGUCCUGUUGUGCAUCGCCAUCGGCGUAGCCGCAGAUGAUCAGCCGCCAGUACAGGAUAACAGCAGCACUGGCGAGAUCCUGGUGCUGGAGUUCCCGGGACACCCAACCGCGUACUGCGGCUACCAGUCACAUCCAGAGGUAGCGAUCGCCGGCUCCUCCUUGAGGUUCACCGUGGUCCAGCGUGGCGAGGACGGGCGCGGAGUCAGAGACACCUACUACUGCGUGCUCGCGGGCGACGAGGUCGACUUCAAGCAGCUGGCGGAGGACAACAUGCUGGCCGUCCGGCGAGGAGCUUUCACAGACGGUGAGCCGGCGCUGGAACUGGGGCGCGUGCACUGCGUGCUGCAGCCCGCUGCCUCGGUGCCCGCCGACGUCUUUGACUUACGCGCGACGCGCCUCGCCUCGGGGCUGCCCGCAUUCCUCUGCCUUCGUCUGGACGCUGCCAGGACCCUCGCUGAGCCGCUGGUGGAGAGCGCUGCGCCGCCAGUGGGGGACGCACUUGUCUUCAGGUUCAUCCGCGUUAACGUGCCGGAUCUAGUGUGCCGUCCAUUUUCGGACGUUCCUCUGUCGGAGUCGGACAUCGAAGUGGAACUCUUUGGUUUCUUACAUCCAGCCAGUGGGCCACUCAACUGUCGUUUCCGGCGUGUUUACGAAGGCCAGUCUGCUGCUGAGCUGCUGAACAAACUGUCGCAGGAGAUGCGCGCGCAACUGGUGAUCCGCCAAGACCUGCCCCCGACUCUCACCCUGCCCAACUUCACGUGUCAGGCGGCGAUGCGAGCGGACCAGCCGGCCCCUCCUGCAGAUGAUCUUUCACCAUCAUCAUCGCCUGCCUUCGCCGUGACCGGCCCCAGCAGCCGAUGGACUCUCUGCUGGACUUCUCUUCAGCAUGCGCUAGAAGAUGUGACCAUCGAGUUCCCGAACGUCCCUCGCAUCAUGUGCAGAUCUCACGAAGUCCCUGCCGUCCCCAGCCUCAACGACACCGAGUUCGUCCUCCAGUUGGGAUCUUCCUCGCGGCUCCUGUGUCGGUUCGCUGGGCUUCCGAAAUUUGAGUCAGAUGCGGAGGCUAGGCUACACGAGAUGCUGGAGAAGUCCUCCAGAGAGAUGGGGGCAACUCUGCGGCCUGUGGGAAGCGUUCUCGUGCUGGAAACGCCUCCCGCCGCCUGCGUGGACUCCCCUGGCUACUCUGGUUCUUCUCUUUCCGACGGCGCUCAGUUCGUCUACUCUGUCCGCGGCAAGACUCAGCUCUGCGUGCUGGCGAAGCGCGAAGCCUCCCCUAGCCAGCCGGUGCUUUCGCAGCCUGAUAAAUUUGCGGGCUGGUUACCAAUCGCUUAACUUAUCAUUGCUUCAGAGAUCAACUUUAGAAAAUUGUUCUGAGCCCAAAUUUUAUUUCAUUCAUUACUGUGUUCCCAAUUUUAAAGUUUGUAAAUUUGAUUCUGUGUGCUUUCCUGUAAUUGCUGUUUUAUUUUCCACCUAUGACAUAAAGCUGUUUUAUUUUCCUCUUGUAAGGUAAA